CUUCAAGUUGUUAUAUUAUAAAAAUAUAAACAAAAUAGAAAAUGAGUCGCCUUAGUUUUAUAGAUGUGGGAAAACUUGUAUCGAAAGCUGUUAAAUUCAAGUAUGAUCAAUACAGCAAGCAAACUAAUAUAACAGAGAUAGUUAACACAGACAAAGGUCCAGUGAAAGGCGUAAAGCGUUUAACAGUAUGGGAUGACGCCUACUACAGUUUUGAAAAAAUUCCAUUUGCUAAACCACCACUUGGAGACUUACGCUUCAAAGCCCCUAUUCCAGCUGAACCAUGGACAACAGUAUUAGAUUGCACAGCACACGCGAAACCACCUUUACAGAAAGGAAUAUUUUAUAAGAAAUAUAAAGGUUCAGAAGAUUGUUUGUAUUUAAACGUUUUCACAAAAGAAAUUAAACCCACAACUCUACGACCUGUAAUGGUAUGGAUUUAUGGUGGCGGUUUCCAAAGAGGAGAAGCAACACGCGAGUUUUAUAGUCCCGAUUAUUUUAUGUCAAAAGAUAUUGUUUUAGUCAGCAUAGCUUAUCGCUUGGGUCCACUUGGUUUUUUGAGCAUAGAUGAUCCAGCUGUUAACGUACCAGGCAAUGCCGGUAUUAAGGAUCAAAUACUCAGUUUGAAGUGGGUGCAAUCAAAUAUUGCUGCUUUUGGUGGUGAUCCAAAUAAUGUCACACUUUUUGGUGGAAGCGCAGGUGGUGCUUCAACACAUUUCUGUAUGCUUACAGAACAAUCUAAAGGUUUGUUUCACAGAGCUAUUUUAAUGUCCGGCAGCGCAUUAUGUCCGUGGGCUAUGGCACCGCAAAAUCAUUGGGCCAUCCGACUAGCACAAAUUUUACAUUAUAAAGGUGAUGAAAAUUGUAGUGCCGAUAUUUAUAAGUUUUUGUCACAAAGUAAAGGCGAAGAUUUGAUAACAGCAGCUAGCACUAUUUUAAAUGAUAAGGAAAGGCAUAAACGUGUAUUGUUUCCUUUUACACCUACUGUGGAAUCCUAUGAAACUGAACAAGCCACAUUAAUUGGAUCUGCAUAUGAUAUGCUUGAAAAAACUUGGAGUAAUAAAAUACCUAUCAUUAUAAGUGGUACCAGUUUCGAGGGAUUACUAUUUUACCCAGAUACCAUUAAACGUUCCGCUACUUUAGAUGAAGUUGAAAAUUGUGAGCAUUUACUUCCUGCUGAUAUAGAUUUGAAUCAAACAGAUGAAAAGUUAUUGGAAUAUGGUUUAAAACUAAAAACCUGUUAUUUCGGCGAAAAUGGAUGUAAUAGAAAAGAUAUAAUGAAAUUCUUAGAGUUGGAGUCUGAUCGAGAGUUUUGGCACCCAAUCUACCGUACCGUUCUAUAUCGGUUAUGUGCUAACUCAGCACCAACCUAUCUCCUACGUUUUGAUUUUGAUUCUAAGGAGGGCAAUUACGUUCGAAACUUAGUAUGCGGUAAAGACAUCCGCGGAGUUUGUCAUGCUGAUGACGUGAGCUAUAUAUUUCGUGGCGCAAUUAGCGGCACUCAUAUAACGAACUCUCCUGAAGAUUUAGUCAUAAGAACGAUGAUUAAUAUAUUUACAAGUUUUGCAAUAACUGGAAAUCCAAAUUGUCAAGAACUUGCUCAUGUGAAUUUUGAACCAGUUAAGAAUUCUAGUGAAAUAAUGUGUCUCAAUAUUUCCCACAAAACAGAGUUUAUAAAACUACCAGAGCUGGACAAAAUGAAAGUGUGGGACAGUUUUUAUAGAAAGUGAUAUUUUUAGAUCAAUUAGACAAUUGUUUUUUUAUUUUUUAUAAAAAUAGAAAAUCAAAAAACAACAAA